UCGACUGGGCAAGAUCAAGUGAAAGCUUCUGCCGGAGGUAGAGGUUAACUGAAACUCUCCUCCCGAGUUCCAAUCUUCACUCGUGCAAACUCUCUCCGGCGAAAAAUGGAAUCUUUAGCUUCGCCGCCGAGUCUCCGCCUAACGCCGACGGUGCGCCGUCAGUUCCUCAACCGUCAUUCUAGCUCCGCCUCAAAUUUUCGCGGCGAUCCACAUGUAAACAAACCCAACGGCCUCUCGUUCUCCUCAUCCGUGUCUGGGUUUUCUUCCCCAAUUGCUGUUGAGAAGGGGGUACGUGCAUCGUUCGUGCCAACGGCGGCUGUUCGCCAGCUCACUGGGUCUCUUACCAAAGGCGAAGGUCUUAGAUUCGCUGUGGUCGUAGCUCGUUUCAAUGAGGUUGUGACGAAGCUGCUUUUGGAGGGAGCACUUGAGACCUUCAGGAAGUAUUCAGUCAGAGAAGAAGAUGUAGACGUUGUGUGGGUUCCUGGUAGCUUCGAAAUAGGGGUCGUGGCCCAGAGGCUCGGGAAGUCGGGAAAAUAUCAUGCCGUGUUGUGUAUUGGAGCUGUGAUAAGAGGCGACACUACCCACUAUGAUGCAGUUGCCAACUCCGCUGCAUCUGGAGUUCUUUCUGCUGGCAUAAAUUCAGGUGUUCCAUGCAUAUUUGGUGUACUUACAUGCGAGGACAUGGACCAGGCUCUGAACCGAGCUGGUGGCAAAGCCGGGAAUAAGGGUGCUGAAGCUGCUUUGACUGCCAUCGAGAUGGCGUCCUUGUUUGAGCACCACCUGAAAUAGCUGCUGCGUCGUGGACAACGGAAAUAGUCUGCUUUCUCGGCUUACCCCUUCGGUAUCAAUCAAACUUGUCAUGCAACAAUUGUGUUUCCUUCUCGCAUUGUGACAAUCGCCACACUCAUACCUCCUCGAGGUUCUCUUAUUUUUGUUUCACUUCUUCCCCUGCAAUUCUUCUGAGUACAAGCAUUGGGGGAGGUGUCUUCACGAGCUCUGUGUUCAAAGUUGGAUCCUUUCGGAUCCCUGUAACCAUGUAAAGCGGGGGGUUUUAGACACCAAACAGAAGUUUACUCCUUUUUUAUUAUAUUUCUUGAAAUUCGAGGGUUGAAGAAGUAAUAAAUGUCUUUUUUAAACC